AAGAAGCUUACAUAGAAAACAGAUCGAUUGAGCAGGCAGCGAUGGUCUUUCUCUCUCAUCCCAUACCGACGUAAGUGUAUCUUCAUUUGAUUUGAUUUCAGAAACCCAAGGAUUUGUACCUCAAUCGAUCUACGUUAGAUCAAUGGUUUUGUAUGCAAGGAUAUUUACGGUAUGAUCUUGGAAAGUUGGGAUCCAACUGUUUGGAACUGUUAUAGAAGAUGGCCUGGUUUAGUGGGAAAGUAUCUCUAGGUAACUUUCCUGAUUUCGCUGGGGCGGUGAAUAAGUUAAGUGAGAGCGUCAAGAACAUUGAAAAGAAUUUUGAUACUGCUCUUGGUCUUGAAGAGAAGCAGCAGGAAUCUAAGGAGUCUGGCAGCAAUGAAGGUUCAGGGUUAUGGCCUGUCAUGUCUUUUAUGAGUGGGAAUAAAGAUGAUGAAAGUAAUGAUGAGUCUGGUGAAGAGACUAAAUCUGUUGAGUUUUCAUCUUCUUCUAAGAAAAAGGAAGAAGAUGAAAGUGACAGCUCCACAAGUUCUGCUACUGGACAUAGUAGACUCGGUGAAGAAGUUUCCGAGUCAUCCGAAGUCACUACAAGAGGAGCAGAUUUGGCGGCACAGCCAGAAAAGUUAGGUGCAUCUGGUCCUGAAGUACAACAGAUACCUGAUGAGGAACCUGAAACCAAGAUGGCUCAGGCCAUGGAAUCAAAUCCAGUUAUUAAUCUGCAUCAGGACAUAUCUGCAGCGGAGUCUUCUGGUAGUUCAGAGGUACAAGAAGCAAAGGUAGAAACUAAUGAAUUAAACCCUGAAGGUCCUCUUCUGCCACCUAAAUCAGAUGAUAAUAUCAGUUUGUUAGAGGGAGAAAAUGAACAACAUUUGGAGGAAGAAGUAGGGAGAGUUUCUUCAGUUAGCACAGACAAACAAGAUAAGCAAGAGGAAGAAGUAGCCGAGGAAGUUCAUUCAGUUCACACUGAAGUCCCAAAUGAACAAAAGACACAAGAAGAAGGGGAAGUUGAGAAAAUUUCUUCAUUUCAACCCAAGGAUGUGGAAGAACUGAGCCAAACUGUAGUGAGAGUAGAAUCCAUUGACUCUGUUUCUCCUAUUCUUAAGAGGACUGAAGGAUCUGAUGAAGAAGUUGGUGGUGAUCCUUCUAAUAUUCACAGCACAGAUGAUGCUUCAGGCUUGGCAUCUGAUCCUGAUGUUAAUAAGGAUGAUGCAAUUGUUAAAUUAGAUCAAACAAGUCACCAAGCUAGUGGAUUUGAAACCGUCAUCAAAGAGGAAUAUGUUAAUUCUCCAAGAAAUACGCCUAGCAGUCUUGAUUCUUUAGAACUGGAGAAGUUGAGGAAGGAAAUGAAGUCAAUGGAAAGAGCGUUACAGGGAGCUGCCAAACAAUCUCAAGCAAAAGCAGAUGAAAUUGCAAGGCUGAUGAAUGAGAAUGAGCAUUUAAAUUCUGUAAAUGAAGAUUUGAGGAGAAAGUCUAAUGAAGCAGAAGUUGAGUCACUUCGAGAGGAGUAUCAUCAAAGAGUGUCAGCUCUGGAAAGAAAGGUUUAUGCUUUAACAAAGGAGAGAGAUACACUACGCAGAGAGCAGAACAAGAAGAGUGAUGCUGCAGCUCUUCUGAAGGAAAAAGAUGAAAUUAUCAGUCAAGUAAUGGCUGAAGGUGAAGAGCUCUCAAAGAAACAGGCGGCACAAGAAGCUACCAUUAGAAAAUUGAGGGCACAGAUAAGGGAGUUUGAAGAGGAGAAGAAAGGUUUGAGUACAAAGCUGCAGGUGGAAGAGAAUAAAGUAGAGAGCAUAAAGAGGGAUAAAUCAGCUACAGAGAAAUUGUUGCAAGAAACAAUAGAGAAACACCAAGUGGAACUUGCAGCUCAAAAGGAAUUCUAUACCAAUGCUUUAAAUGCUGCCAAGGAAGCUGAAGCCUUGGCAGAGGCAAGAGCAAAUAAUGAAGCCAGAACUGAAUUAGAGAGCCAUCUUAGAGAGGCCAUGGAGCGUGAAGCUGUGUUAGUAAGGGAACUUGAUGAACUGAGACAAACUCUAACUAGAAGCGAGCAGCAGGCUUCUUUCAGAGAAGAUAUGUUGCGUCGUGACAUUGAGGAUCUUCAGAAGCGUUAUCAAGCAAGUGAGCGUCGAUGCGAGGAGUUGAUCACACAGGUUCCUGAGUCUACAAGGCCUUUGUUAAGGCAGAUUGAGGCUAUGCAAGAGACGAUAGGAAGAAGAGCAGAAGCUUGGACUGCUGUUGAGAGGUCCCUUACCACACGACUUCAGGAAGCAGAGGCCAAAUCAGCCGGUGCAGAGGAAAGAGAGAGAUCUGUUAAUGAACGGAUGAUGCAAACCUUGUCCAGGAUAAAUGUCCUUGAAGCUCAGAUAUCAUGUCUUCGAACUGAACAAACACAGUUAAGCCGUUCCCUAGAAAAAGAAAGACAAAGAGCAGCAGAAAGCAGACAAGAGUUCCUUGCUGCAAAAGAGGAAUCUGAGACUCAUGUAGGUCGUGCAACUCAACUUGAAGAAGAAAUCAGAGAGCUCAGAAGAAAGCACAAGCAGGAAUUACAAGAAUCACUUGCACAUCAGGAACUUUUGCAGCAGGAAAUAGACAGGGAAAAAGUUGCCCGUUUAGAACUAGAAAGGAAAGCACGUCUACAGUCAUCAGCUGCUGCAUCUGAGCAAAGUCCAGUAAAGAGCAGAUCUGCCUUUGAAAACGGAGGAAAUCUACCCCGCAAACUUUCAAGUGCCACCAGCUUAGGCAGUAUAGAGGAAAGUUUCUUUCUGCAAGCAUCUUUGGAUUCUUCUGACAGCAUCUAUGAUCGUAGAAAUUCUGGAGACACGGCUGUAAGUCCAUAUUUUCUAAAGAGCAUGACCCCCAGUGCUUUUGAAGCUGCCCUACGCCAGAAGGAGGGUGAAUUAGCAUCGUAUAUGUCUAGACUGGCAUCUAUGGACUCUAUUCGUGAUUCUCUUGCUGAGGAGCUAGUUAAAAUGACUGCUGAGUGUGAGAAACUACGAGUUGAAGCGUCCAUGCUGCCUGGCAUUCGAGCAGAGCUUGAGGCACUAAGACGAAGACAUUCAGCUGCACUUGAACUUAUGGGCGAGCGAGAUGAGGAGCUGGAGGAACUCCGAGCUGAUAUAGUAGACAUGAAAGAGAUGUAUAGGGAACAAGUGAACAUGCUUGUAAAUAAGAUCCAGAGUAUGGGUUUGUCAGUGGCCAGCCUUACAAGAUGAUGAUGAAGAUGAAGAAGCUACUCUUUUUUGUGGUACAGUUUAUGCAUUAUAAAGAUUCAUUCAUUUGGAAUACAUACGAAACAAAAGGCGGCUGUGUUUGAUUGGUAAUGUGUUUUAAAAAACAAAAAAAAUGUUGUGUUUUAAAAUUUUACUUAUUGAGCCCAAAUAUUUGCUUCCUAGUUAAUUUGUUGUUUCUCCCUCGAUGUUUUAAUUAGUAGUGCAAAGAGAAAAGGGUGGUGAAUUUACUCUAUAGAAAUUGAAUCUUGUGCCUCUA